GUUGAGGGGCACCUGGAGCAAACCAUCUGGGUCGGGCGGGAGCAGCCGGAACCUUUGUCUUCAGCCCCAUGUUUCCCAGGGCUCGGUUCCUAUCGGCACACCAUUAAACCUCUGCCCACACCCCCUUGCCCUAUACGGACUGCAGGUUCCGGAGUUUGCGACUAAUCUCAACGCGAUUAACUGACACCUCAACGACUGAGGGCGGUUUCUCCACGUGGCGUCCCUCCGGUGAGAUCCCCCAGUCCUUGCAGGGGAGGGCGUCCUCUCUGGCGCGCGUCCCCUCUCCCUCUCGGCUCGCUCGGCCCAGCCCCGAAGCCCUGGGCCCCUCGCCGGCGGGCGCUUCUCUCUCUUCCGCACUUCCCAUCGAAGCCGACCCCCGGCCGCGCCGCGGGGGCGCCCAGAGAUCUGUUACGUGGAAGGAAGAAUAGGGGGAAGCCGGCAGCUGAUAGAGCCUCGGAAGGUGGCAGAGCACGCCGGGGACUCCACCCAGCGAGGCGGCACUUACGUCAGGUGAGGGGCGCGGAGUGAGCGAGUUGGAGUCCCAGGCCCCGAGUCCGCGUAGCAGCAGAUCUAAAGAGGGCUGAUCCCCACACCGAGGAAGCACAGGGAGUCAUGGCCACACCAUUCCUGACCGCGGGGGCCGCCACGGUCCACAGCGGUGGAGAACUGAGCUCGGGGGAUGACUCUGGCGAUGUGGAAUCGCCCCAGACCCCCGAGACCGAGGCGUCCAGGAGCCUGACGGAGCUGUUUGAGAAGGCUGCCGCACACCUCCAAGGCCUGAUUCAGGUGGCCAGCAGGGAGCAGCUCUUGUACCUAUAUGCCAGGUACAAGCAGGUCACAGUUGGAAAUUGUAAUACUCCUAAACCAAGCUUUUUUGAUUUUGAAGGAAAGCAAAAAUGGGAAGCAUGGAAAGCUCUUGGUGACUCAAGCCCCACCCAAGCAAUGCAAGAAUAUAUCGCAGUAGUUAAAAAAUUAGACCCAGGUUGGAAUCCUCAGACAUCAGAGAAGAAAGGAAAAGAAGCAAAAAGUGGUUUUGGUGGGCCUGUUGUUAGUUCUCUAUAUCAUGAAGAAACCAUCAGGGAAGAAGACAAAGACAUAUUUGAUUACUGCAGGGAAAACAACAUUGACCAUAUAACCAAAGCCAUCCAAUCAAAAAGUGUGGAUGUGAAUAUGAAAGAUGAAGAGGGCAGAGCUCUACUCCAUUGGGCAUGUGAUCGAGGACAUAAGGAACUAGUCACAGUUUUGCUACAAUAUAAAGCUGAUGUUAAUUGUCAGGACAAUGAAGGUCAAACAGCACUUCACUAUGGUGCUACUCUCAUGGAUGAAUUCAUCUUCAGAGAAUUUAUAUAUGUGACUUCAGUACUCUUCUGUAUUUUAUGCUUUGAUACAAAGUUCACACACAAAAAUAUCUCAACUUAGAGAUAAGGUGGUGGUGUUACUGUUUCUAUUUUGAUAAUCUUUCCCCUUUUUUUGUAUCAGGGAUCAAACUUGGGACCUUGCGCUUGCAAGGCAGGAAGGGCACCACUGAGCUAAAUUCUCGGCCCUUGAUAAUCUUUCCAACAAAUACCUGAACCUAGAUAUUGUUUUCCCUUGCCUACCAAUGAAAAACUGAAGGCUAGAGGGGAGAGGGGGUGACCUUGCCAGAGUAAUGCAGUUGUAGGUAGCAGAGCCAAGACACUUGGCAGUUCUUCUGAUUGUACAUUCACUCCUCUUCGUAAUUUCAUAAGUAACUAUAGUUUAGGAUUAUCUUAAAAUACAUAAUAUUUUGUGGAAAAUAAUCUUUUAUAGAAGCAAAAUAAAGGAAAAUCCUUUAUCUUUGGUCACCCUGCUCAGUGAGUCAAGGCUUUUAUAUUCUUAUAUCAUCAUAAGUCAGAGAUUUGACAUUACAAAUAUAUAAAACUAAGAUAUUAUGGCAAUUCAGUAAUGGUUCAUAAAAAUUAAUGUUUUAAGUUUAUUUUUAGAAUGAUUCAUUUUUAUUCAUAUUUUCUUAUUAUAUCACUGGACUUUUGCCAGUUGUUGAGCUGAUCAAAACAGUCUUGUAUGUAAUAGUACUACUGUAAUUACCAUUUAUUAAGUACCUGUUAUACACCGGAGAAUCCGCCAGGCAUACUUUACUCAUUUAAUCCCUUAAUAUUAGUUACCCUUUUGUUUAGGAGGCAUUCAGUAGCUAUUUAUAGAGUUUGUUUCUUUAAGUGCCUUUAACCUGUUCUUGGAACUUGUCUAAAACUGAAGGUAUGGUUAAAUCCAGUGAAUGCAGACAGUAUUACGGAGGUCUUUGGGGGCUUAGCUAUUAUUUUUUAUGAAUUACUGUUCAGCUUGACAGCUGUCCUUGUAUUGACAGCUCUUGUGAUUAUACCAGUUGUCAAACUCCAUCUUUAAGCAGGUUGUAAAUCCUGGCUUCUUCCGAUUAAAACUGGGUCAGAGCCAAUCACAGGUUAACUAGAGGCCAGUAUUCUACUACUGUAUGUCCUCACUAGUUCAUUCUGAAUAGUCUUUGUGUAGCAGCAUGUUAAAAUCCUUAUUUGCCUAUAUUUUUACUUGAGUGUUUUAAAUCUUCAGAUACUGCUUAUCUUGUUAUAUUUGUGAUUAAACAUGGUCUUUGCUGAAGAGUA